AACAAAAGUUACGUAAGGAAUCUUCUUUUUUACAUUGUUUUUGUUUUAUUUUAAGAUUUUAGAAAAGACUGGCGUCUUUCCAUUUUGAAAGUUUUUCGUGAUAUGAUCAAUAGCUUCUGAGAGAAUAACAAAGCUAAAACUGUGGUAAUAUUAAGUUCAUGUUAUUAUUCCUUAUUGCACCUGGUUAAAAGGAAGGCUUGCAUUUUUGAAGAGCCUUUUUUUGUCUUUAUAUAUUGCUAUAUUCUGUGGUUGUGAUUGUUGUUUCUCUGUUUAUAUCUUUCUCGUGCUGUAAUUUUUCUUUGUACUUUUUCUAACAUAUCUUCUAAUGUAAUGUGAAAACCCAAUUCGUUAUGCUGAUAUGGUAUAGAAAGCUACUAGAAAUACCUUUUGGUAUAGAAGAAAUAAGCUAUAUAACUAUUCAUCGUAGUAAAGGAAGUUAGUAUUAUUGUUGAAGAUAUGACAUUGUGAGACCACUCAGAUGAAUUCAUUUAAAGCAGGUAAUAAAUCGGUAACAAACGUAGUUUGCCAAACAAUGAAAAGUGCAAUAUUUUUUAUAGACUAAAGUCCAAAAUAUUUUAAAGGCCCUAGGCUGUCCCCAACUAUUUAUAACGCUCAUGAAGCUAUCCAGGAGGACCAGGAUUUCCUUCUGAUCACUAUCUGCUUCUGCAUUGUGUACUUUGUUAGUCCCUCAGAAUUGUAGGAGAAGACCCAUAGAUUCCACCAACUUAUCACCUUUCUGAAAUCUUUUUAGAGGAAAGUUGAUACCUAGCUACACAGAUAUGAGAGGUGGAUCCUCUUUAAAGUAAGAGGAGAAAAAAAAAGAAUGGAAUUUGAUAGGCUCAGGAAGGUUGAAGAACCUCUCCCUGGUGCUUACAUCCGUAGCCUGGUGAAACAACUAACCACCUCUAGAACGAAAGACUUCAUGAACCCAAAAGAGCAAAAUUGUGUUUCCCAUGGUCAAAAUUCAACAAAGCAUGGCAAAGUUGCAGGUGCUCGUCGGGCACAGCUUUCCACACAACCACAACAACUUAAAAAACAAGUUAGGAGGAGACUCCACACCAGUAAGCCUUAUCAAGAAAGGCUUUUGAAUAUGGCUGAGGCUCGGAGGGAGAUUGUCACCGCCUUGAAAUUUCACAGGGCAGCUAUGAAAGAAGCAAGUGAACAGAAGCAGCAACAGCAACAAGCCCAAGAACAACAGCAGCCAAGGCCAUCAGUAUCCCUCCAGCCACCCCAGUAUCCUAGUUUUGACCAAGAUGGAAAGUUUAAAUCUAGGAGAAACCCCAGAAUUUAUCCCGCAUGCACAGCCAAUUUUUCAAGUCACAUGGAUGAUUUUUCAUAUUCAGGCUUAUCCCAACCUUCACCGCUUCCAAUUUCUUACACCUGGCCUGCUGCUUCCCCAAUUACUCCACCACCCCUAGUGGCUGAAAACCCCAAUUUUGUACUUCCAAAUCAGACUUUGGGAUUGAAUCUCAAUCUUCAAGAUUUCAACUACUUAGAUGCUACCCUUCACCUCAGUAACUCAUCAUUAUCCUCUUACUCAUCUGCAACCUCGUCUUCUCCUCCACAGGAACUUCCUUCUGUUGGAACAUCACAGGGAGAAGGAGUUUCUUCAUUGGUGGAUUCUGUUGAAUCCAAUGCUGCAACCCGGGUUACUGGAGGCUUGCACACGGCCAUGGAUGAUGAGGGUAUGAAAGAGAUCAGAUCAUUAGGAGAGCAACAUCAAAUGGAAUGGAAUGAUACCAUGAAUUUGGUCAAAUCAGCUUGUUGGUUCAAGUUCUUGAAAAACAUGGAACAUAGGACACCUGAAGCCAAGGCUGAAGAUGAUGCACGCCAUAAUUUUGACCAACUUCUGGAGUUUCCAGAUUGGUUGAAUGCAAACGAGAGCUGCUUAGAGCAGUGCUCGGAGGGUUAUUUCCAAGAUUCUUCCUUGCCUUGCAUGGAUAUUGGAGAUAUUGAGAGUAUGGAUGACGAUUGGUUAGCGUGACAACUACAACGAUUGAUUGUUUUCGUUAAGUCAUUUCCUGCUGCUCCCAUUUUUAUAUUUCUUUGGUAAUUGGGGUAUGGGCUCUAUCAUUAUAGUCCCUCUCCCCAUUUCACUGCUUUAUUUUUGCAUGAUAAAUAAGGCUUGCAAAAAAUAUCAGUAGAGGCAGGCACCGUCUAUAUGAGUGAUGAACAUUUUUGCUCCCAUUGCUCCUAUUAUAAUGAUGUAUGUUGCGAUAUUGAACAAUAUCAAUACUUGUAAUACACUUUCUAUUGUUUAAUAUUCUAGUGAUAAAAAAAGGUAAAAAAGAAAA